GGAGUGCUGUGUGCGGUCUGUAAGGGUUUAGAUCGCGUAUUGAGUAAGCAGUCGUUUUUUUUUUUUUAAGUAAGAUACUUGCACUUGAAGCAAAGGAAAAUGUCUGGAUUUGAUGAUCCGGGAGUUUAUUACAGUGACAGUUUCGGUGGAGGACAAAGCGUCGGGGACGAAGGGACCCUGAAACGCAGUCAAAUCAAAAAGCGCUUUCGGGAGUUCCUGAGACAGUUCAGGGUCGGAACGGAUCGCACCGGCUUUACCUACAAAUACAGAGAUGAACUCAAGAGGCAUUAUACUCUUGGAGAGUACUGGAUCGAAGUGGAAAUGGAAGAUUUGGCCAGUUUUGAUGAGGAUCUCUCAGAUUGCCUGUACAAGCUCCCCACGGAAAACCUGCCUCUGCUGGAAGAGGCAGCACAGGAAGUUGCAGAUGAGGUCACACGUCCCAGGCCAGUAGGAGAAGAGACUGUGCAGGACAUCCAGGUGAUGCUGAAGAGUGAUGCACAUCCUGCAUCUAUUCGCAACCUGAAGUCUGAGCAGGUGUCCCGUCUGGUAAAGAUUCCUGGUAUCAUCAUCUCCUCUUCAGCAGUGAGGGCCAAAGCCACUAGAGUAUGCCUGCAGUGCAGAGGGUGCCGUUCUGUCAUCAGUAACAUUCCUCUGCCACCCGGCCUACAGGGCUACGCUUUGCCCCGCAAGUGCAACACUGAGCAAGCGGGCCGUGUGAAGUGUCCUGUGGAUCCGUACUUUAUCAUCCCAGACCAGUGCGUGUGUGUGGACUUUCAGACCUUGCGACUGCAGGAGUCUCCUGAUGCUGUGCCUCAUGGAGAGAUGCCACGACAUAUGCAGCUCUACUGUGACCGGUAUCUGUGUGACCGUGUAGUGCCUGGAAACCGAGUGACCAUCAUGGGUAUAUACUCCAUUAAAAAAAUUGCUCAACAGAAGAACAAAGGUCGUGAUAAAGCGGCUGGAGUGGGAAUUCGCGCUGCUUACCUGCGUGUAGUCGGUAUUCAAGUGGACACAGAGGGAGCAGGUCGAGGGGCCACUGGGUCAGUAUCCCCCCAGGAAGAGGAGGAGUUACGGACGUUGGCUGCUUCCCCCUCUGUCUAUGACUCUAUUGCUCGUUCUCUCGCUCCCUCUAUUUAUGGUAGUGACGAUCUGAAGAAAGCAAUUGCUUGCCUCUUGUUUGGGGGCUCCAGAAAGAGGUUGCCAGAUGGUCUUACCCGCAGAGGUGAUAUUAAUCUGCUGAUGCUUGGAGACCCUGGCACAGCCAAGUCUCAGCUGCUAAAAUUUGUAGAGAGAUGUUCUCCUAUUGGGGUUUAUACCUCUGGAAAGGGCAGUAGUGCAGCCGGUCUAACAGCAUCUGUGCUCCGAGACCCAAACACACGUGGCUUCAUCAUGGAGGGUGGAGCUAUGGUGCUGGCAGAUGGUGGUGUGGUGUGCAUUGAUGAGUUUGACAAGAUGAGAGAAGAUGACAGAGUAGCCAUUCAUGAAGCGAUGGAGCAGCAGACUAUAUCUAUUGCCAAGGCUGGGAUCACUACCACUCUGAACUCUCGAUGUUCCGUGCUGGCGGCUGCCAACUCUGUGUUCGGCAGAUGGGACGACACAAAGGGUGAAGAUAACAUUGAUUUUAUGCCCACCAUCUUGUCCCGUUUUGACAUGAUCUUCAUCAUCAAGGAUCAACAUGACCAGCAGAGAGACAUGACGCUCGCUCGUCACGUGAUGAACGUGCAUCUCAGUGCUCAGACACAGACAGAGGGGGUGGAGGGAGAAAUUCCUUUGGCAAUGUUGAAGAAAUACAUUGCUUAUGCCCGAACGAAAUGUGGUCCUCGUUUGUCUGCGGCUGCAGCAGAGAAGCUAAAGAACCGCUAUGUGGUGAUGCGGAGUGGAGCGAGGGAGCAUGAGAGAGAGAGCGAUCGGAGAGCCUCGAUCCCCAUCACUAUCAGGCAGUUGGAGGCAGUUGUACGCAUCGCUGAGUCUCUGGCAAAGAUGAAGCUGCAAGCGAUAGCAGGAGAAGAGGAGGUAGAUGAGGCACUUCGUCUUUUCCAGGUGUCUACUCUGGAUGCUGCGCUGUCUGGUAGCCUGUCAGGUGUGGAGGGUUUCACUACCCAGGAGGAUCAGGAAAUGAUCUCCCGCAUAGAGAAGCAGUUAAAGAGGCGCUUUGCCAUUGGCUCUCAGGUGUCUGAGCACAGCAUUGUACAGGACUUCACCAAACAGAAAUACCCUGAACAUGCUAUAUAUAAGGUCCUUCAUCUCAUGCUGAGGAGAGGAGAACUACAGCACCGCAUGCAGAGGAAGGUGCUUUACAGGGUCAAGUAGAAGGGGUGUGUGUGUCUGUCUGCGUGAGCCUUUUAAAGAAAAUGUAAAAAAAACAAUGAAUAUUUAAGGCAUGUUAAGUGUCUUUCUGUAAAUAGUUCAUCCAGCAUUUUGGGUACACUUCCUUCUUUGGUAUCACACUGCUUGAUAUUUCUGUGCUGUAAACCAUAAUGCUUAAGAAUGAUUGAUUUAAUUAUAGCUGUGGCACAAAUUUAAUGUGCUUUAAAAAUUCAGCUUUUUACUGUUUGUCAAAAAAAAAAAAAACAAUGCUGUUAAACUCCCAUGUUUGUAAGGGCAUCUUCACUGAUAUUGUGUGGUGUUGUUUUUUGUAUGUAAGGUGGUGAUAAAGUAUUGUGAAAUGUGAUGAUUUGUUACUGCCUGUUAUGCAGUUUGUUUCCAGAGUAAAGAGACAUUUUCAUUGAA